AGGGCGACGUCAGGCGGAAGGGCGCGGGGCGCGCACGCUUUAAAUGGCAUUCGCUGUCAUCCGAGCUUGCAGUCGUGUGGGCAGAGGCGGGCUAUAUAAGCAGCGAGGCGGGCUGCCGCGGGGCACACGGCGACAGCGACAGCGGCGGCAGGGAGCCUCUCAGAGCGUCGCGGAGCAGCACAGCACAGCCCCGCGCCCCUCGACGGGCCCGCCCGCCCGCCAUCCCUCCCCAGCAGCGCCGGCUCGGGCCAACGAGGCCCGCCGCCACCCCGCAGCAGAUUUGGAUCCCCCGCCCGGAGAGCCUCAGGCUGCCGCCUCCCGGGGGACCCCGGAGCCGCGGCCGCCCCCGGAGAGCCCGGGCGCACCGCCGCCCCCCGGCCCCGCAGCCACCGACGGCGCCAUGGCGGCCGCCAAGCCCGGCGAGCUCAUGGGCAUCUGCUCUAGUUACCAGGCGGUGAUGCCGCACUUCGUGUGCCUGGCCGACGAGUUCCCGCAGCCGGUGCGGCCCGCCAAGCUGCCCAAGGGCAAGGGCCGGCUGCGGCGGCCGCGCCAGUCCCGCUUCAAGACGCAGCCGGUGACCUUCGACGAGAUCCAGGAGGUGGAGGAGGAGGGGGUGUCCCCGAUGGAGGAGGAGAAGGCCAAGAAGUCGUUCCUGCAGAGCUUGGAGUGCCUGCGCCGCAGCACGCAGAGCCUGUCGCUGCAGAGGGAGCCGCUCGGCAGCUGCAAACUGAGGAACAGCCUGGACUCCAGCGACUCCGACUCGGCCCUGUGAGGCAACAGCCAGCUUGGGGACUCGCUCCGCUGCCACGCGCCGGGAAGCCGUGGGCGCACCCGGGGGGGGACCCAUGCCCCCGGGCGGCCCCGACCAUGGGGGAUCGGCACCCCUCGCUCG